CCCCACUCUUUUCUAAAUUGGGGCUGAUUUUUCCGUUGGCACAAGUAAAAGAAAAAAGAGGGAAAAUGGUUGCGGGUCUGCUAUUGAGCUUGACCCGACCCUCAACGGAGCAGCAGAAGUCCUGCGUCGAGAGCUCCGGCGACUUCAACUACGGCUCAUCGUUCCGCUGCUCUUCGUCCUCUUACGAUGAAGCCGUGGAGAAAACCCUAGCUGACGCUGGGUUCUUCAUCAACCGCUCUCGCGUCCUCCUCGGCUCCGGGCCCACCACCUUCAACCUCGCCAAGUCUGCUCUCCUCAGUUGGAGGCAUUUUGCAUUGGGAUGGGCCUUUGUGGAUCCUAAGACUCCUGUUGAGAAAGGGACUAAGUUCUGUGUUUGUGUCAAGGAGUUGAUUCCGUGGAUAGUCAUGCCUCUUCAAAUUGCGUACGUGUCCCAAACAUCACAAGCAGUGGCGGGGCGACCAAAGGGUUCUUUUGGUUUUGGCAGUGGAACCCUUCACGGCCAUCUCCUGGCUGGGGAAGAGAGUUUCUCCAUAGAAUGGGAUGAAAAUGACAAAGUCUGGUAUGAAAUAUUCUCCUUCUCAAAGCCUGCUCACUUGCUUUCGGCUGUAGGAUAUCCAUAUGUAAAGAUGAGGCAGAGAUUAUUUGCUCAGCAGUCUGCACAAGAACUUCUUAAUCAUAUCAAAUCUCAACAACUAAAGGACUAGAGAGAUCCAAAAAGUCUAACUGUACCCGAAUUGUCCUUUCUAUUUAAUGUUUUAAUGCUUAUUGACAUGUACAUUAAACUUUUUCUUCUGAAAUUACAAUGCAGAUGUAGUUGAAACAAAGGCUAAGGCAAAUCCAAGCAUGAUUAUUUA